AUGAACGCGGCUUGCUCUGGCGAAGUCAUACCCUUGAAUCUUGCCCUCAACCAACCCUCUCCCCCAUGCUUUGGUAGGAAGCCGUUUAAACACACUAUCACCCAGAUCGAUAAACACGUGUUCGACGAAACGUACGAGUUAAAUCCGCAAACUUCCUCACAGUGGGAUGGCUUUCGACACGUUACAGCUGCUGAUAUCCUGGGACCGAAAGCGUUGAGCAACGGUGGAAUGCAGGCCUGGGCUGACCAUGGCAUCGCCGGAAGGGGAGUGCUUCUAGAUUACCAGCGAUACGCUGAAGCCUACUCUAUUCAGCCUGCCUACUACGACAAUUUCCGAAUUACAUACCAUGAUUUGAUCAAGACUGCAAAAAUGCAAAAUAUUGAUCUCCGGCCCGCGAGAAGUGGUGGGGAUAUUGAAACCGGAGAUAUUCUCCUUAUCAGGAGCGGGUUUCUUAAGUAUAGCUCUUCUCUGGAUUCAUUCGAGAAAGCAACAUUACAUCUCCGUCGAAGUCAAUUUGGUCCCCAUGAUGGACAACGUUACAUUGGCUUGGAGCAGAGCGAAGAGAUGCUUGAUUUCCUCCACGACUCCUACUUCUCAGCUGUAGCUGGAGACCAACCAGCCUUUGAGGCAUGGCCAUCUCACAAAGAGUAUUACUUGCACGAGAAGCUUCUAGCGCUUUGGGGUUGCCCGAUUGGUGAGUUAUGGGAUUUAGAGCGAUUGUCGACAAGAUGCGCUGAGAAGAAGCAAUGGAUGUUCUUCAUGACAAGUUCGCCAAAUAAUAUCCAAGGUGGAGUUGGCAGCACCUCUAAUGCAUUGGCGAUUUUGUAG